CACUUCAGACUUGAGAAUUCAUACCCUGGAUCAGAGUCCGAUCAUUAUAGUUCCGUUAGGACCCGCUAAAAUAAGCACUAGUUCUCUGCGAAUUGUGCACCCCAUAAACUUGACCUCAAUUGGAACAAUUGUAGAAAACUUUAACGCCGUUUCUAUGGAGAGAUUGUCGAAUCAAACGCCUUUUAAGUCAAUAGUUAAAGCAAAAUUAGACAAAAUAAACUUGAGUUACAACCGAAUAAAACCACUACGUAGGAGAAAACGAUGGGAAUCUCUCGGAAAGGCCUGGAAAUACGUAUCGGGAAGCCCUGAUGCAGACGACCUUAAGAUUAUAAAUUCGUCAUUAAAUUCAUUAAUUAGCGAGAAUAACAAGCAAAUAAGAAUCAAUAGUGCUUUCGAUUCACGAAUGAGCAACAUUACAAAAGCAAUUAACGUCAUACUGGAAAAUGAGGAAAAUGUAAUACAUUCCUUAGAGGGCUUUGAUGUAUUAGAAUUAAUAUUCAAAAUUGAUGAGCUAUUAUACUACUUAGACAUAAUCGAAGAGGCGAUCACACUAGCGAGACGGAGUAUCCCAAGCAGCCGCAUCAUUCACCUCGACGAAUUGGAAACCAUUCAUCAUUCCCUCAUUAAUGACGGUUUCGGGCUUAACUCGGUCGAUAGCAUACUUAGUACUGCCAAUGCCUACGCAGUAUUAAACAACGAAAUUUUCAUGUACAUACUGAAGAUACCCAGGAUCAAAAAUGUACAGUACACCCUCAACUUCAUUGAACCAGUCAUUGUAGAUCACCACAGAGUCCACCUACAAACACAGUUUUAUUUGAAAGGACAGAAAUCAUUCAUGUUAAAAAGCGCUUGUUCCAAAGCCAACGCCAUGUUUAUAUGUUCCUCAACGGAUCUAGAACCUUUGACGGGUUGUAUGCAACAAUUGGUCUCCGGAAAUACAGCAGAGUGUCCCAUAGAACGCACCUACGGAAACAAAACUAUUCGGAAAAUCAAUGAUGGCAAUAUAGUCGUCAAUGCAAUCAAUGUAACACUUUCGUCAAACUGUUCAGUCACCCAACGCACUCUACAGGGGUCGUUCCUAAUCCAAUACUCAAACUGUACACUGAAAUUGGAUGACGAGGAAUAUGUCAACACAAACAUGGAGAUACGGCCGUUCAUACCUACCACGGGAUUGAAGGUAAAUCCAACCAAACUGUUUAACCACAUUCCGUUGGAACAUUUACAGGAGUUACAUAUGGAACAGCGUAACCAUAUCACACACCUUAACCUGACAGCCGAAAACCUCCAUUGGAAACUUCAUUUCCUGGGAUGGAUAGCAUCCGUAAUCUCAUCAACUUUACUAAUCUGCAUACUGGGUUCAUCCAUAAUCAUCGUUUUGAAAUUCGCCGCCUGGAAGACACUCCUUACCAACAGCAAACCAGAAGUCAUCGAACAGGAUACCAUCGCAUCAACCGAGGCCCAUCCCGAGUCCAGAGAGGUACCGCUGAUACUUCAGCAGUAGACGAAAGCCGAGGACGUCUUUCAGCUAAGGGGGAAGCCGUUACGGAACCGUUUGGUACAUCACGCCACUCGGGUCCGCCAACCUACGGUCGACAACGUGGAGCGUGCAGCGUCAGCAGUAUGCAGGCAUAAGAGGGCCGCGAGCGCAUGGCUCGCCCUCUUUUUCGCUGUGCAGUUCUUGUGGAGCACCGGUGG